AUGGUCACUCGCUCACGAGCAAACAUUUUCAAACCCAAACAUCUCUCUCCUGAUUUUACCUCUCACAUACCCCCACGAGCUCACUACUCCUCGGUCAAUGAACCCAUCGUACCAUCUUCAAUCUCCCAAGCCCUCAAAGCUCCUGAAUGGCGCCAAGCCCUCCAAGAUGAGUAUUUCGCCCUCCUCUCCACCCAUACCUGGGAUCUUGUUCCAUAUUCUCCUUCCAUGAACAUCGUAGGUUGCAAGUGGGUCUUUCGAAAAAAAUUUCUCGCUGAUGGCUCCCUUGAUAAGCUCAAAGCCCGACUUGUAGCUAAGGGAUUUCACCAACAACCAGGGAUCGAUUUUGCCGACACCUUCUCUCCGGUAGUCAAGCCCGUCACUGUUCGCCUCAUACUAGCUCUUGCGGUUUCAAAGGGCUGGCUGAUAAAUCAAAUUGAUGUCUAA